GCAAUUUCUGCGCAAAGGAGAAAAACGACAGAGAGAUACCGCCAAGAAGAGUAUCGAACCUCCCAAUAUCGCGUCGCCAUCGCUAAUCUCCAUCUCUCUCUCUAAGAUAUCUGCCUAUUGAUGAUCUUUACAGGUCUUACAAUGGCUUUCUCUAUCGCAAUAUCGACAAGGAAGUCGAUGUCUAUGGAAGCAGACUUAUGAACCGGAAAAACGAAUGAAGUUGGGCGAAUUUGUGUUUACAUGCUACCACUGAAUUGAGAAUAGGGUUUCUUGGUCUGUUUCGAAAAGGAGAAGAAUUGGAGAAAAAGGGAGUCAAACAUCAAUAGAUAUUGUAUUUAGCUAUCUUCUCAUAGUUAUAAAAAGAAAAUCCUAGGUUUUGUUUAUCAGUUUGGUUUUUUAUUUUUCUUCAGUUUUCUGUAGCUUUCAGACCAUAAAUCCAACAAGUAUUGAGUAUUCAAUAGUUAAUUUAGUAGAUACCUUGUGAUUUUUGGAUAUGGAUUUUAAUUAACCUGGUUUUCUUGGUGAAAGCUUGGGUAACAUUUUUGAAUAAUUUUCCAAUAAAAAAAAGCUGAAAAGCGAGAAAAAUAUUGCAAUAAUCAAUUAUAUCCUACUAUAUAAAGUGAAUGGGAACUAAGGGCCAGCAACUGGGAAUCACUGAGCCAAUAUCUUGGAGUGGUCCUACAGAUUAUGACAUUGUCAAGACUCGCGAACUUGAAAAGUACUUGGUUGAUGUGGGCUUGCAUGAGAGUCAAGAGGAAGCUGUCAGUAGGGAAGAAGUUCUAGGGAGAUUAGAUCAGAUUGUGAAGAUUUGGGUUAAAUCUAUUAGCCGUGCAAAGGGUUUGAAUGAACAACUGGUACAUGAGGCAAAUGCUAAGAUAUUCACCUUUGGUUCUUAUCGUCUUGGGGUUCAUGGUCCUGGAGCAGAUGUAGAUACACUAUGUGUGGGGCCACGACAUGCAACCCGUGAAGAUGAUUUUUUCGGUGAGCUAUAUAGGAUGCUGUUGGAGAUGCCUGAAGUGACAGAACUGCAUCCUGUUCCUGAUGCUCAUGUUCCAGUUAUGAAAUUCAAGUUCAAACGGGUUUCGAUAGAUCUUCUCUAUGCAAAACUCUCACUUUGGGUUAUCCCUGAAGACUUGGAUAUCUCACAAGAUUCAAUACUGCAGAGUGCUGAUGAGCAAACUGUUCGAAGUCUCAAUGGCUGUCGUGUUACUGAUCAAAUUUUGCGUUUGGUGCCAAAUAUUCAGAGUUUUCGCACAACAUUGAGAUGCAUGAGAUUUUGGGCUAAGCGAAGGGGUGUUUAUUCCAAUGUUGCAGGGUUUUUAGGUGGCAUUAAUUGGGCAUUGCUUGUUGCUCGUAUAUGCCAGCUUUAUCCCAAUGCUCUUCCCAACAUGUUGGUGUCUCGAUUUUUUAGGGUCUAUACACAAUGGCGUUGGCCUAAUCCUGUAGUACUUUGUGACAUUGAAGAAAGAUCUCUUGGACUGCAAGUUUGGGAUCCGAGACGAAAUUACAAGGACAGAUUCCAUUUGAUGCCUAUCAUAACUCCGGCCUAUCCUUCAAUGAAUUCCAGUUAUAAUGUGUCAUCAAGUACUUUGCGUAUUAUGACAGAAGAAUUUCAGCGUGGAAGUGAAAUAUGUGAGGCGAUGGAGGCAAACAAGACCACCUGGGAUACACUCUUUGAGUAUCAUCCAUUUUUUGAAGCAUAUAAAAAUUAUUUGCAGAUUGAAAUUGCAGCUGUAGAUGAAGAUGAUCUUAGGAAAUGGAAAGGAUGGGUCGAAUCUCGCCUUCGUCAGCUCACACUGAAGAUUGAGAAGUACACUUUCAAUAUGCUUCAGUGCCAUCCUCACCCAGGGGAAUUUUCAGACAAAUCCAAACCUUUCCAUUGCUGCUACUUCAUGGGUCUUCAGCGUCAGCAAGGAGUUCAAGCAAAUGAAAGUGAACAGUUUGAUAUAAGGGCGACUGUUGAUGAAUUUAAGGUCUCUGUUGGAAUGUAUACCCUUUGGAAGCCUGGUAUGGAAAUCCAUGUCAGUCACGUCAAACGAAGGAGUAUACCAAGUUUUGUGUUUCCUGGUGGAAUUCGACCUCUUCGUCCUGCGAAGAUAGCUGGUGAGUCUAAACGGGUUGCUGAACCAAGUGAUGGAACACAUGAGAGAACAGAAGAUCAUAAAAGGAGAAAGAGGGAAGGUACAAAUUGUUUGACUUCUUCUCCAGGUGUGCUAAUGAAUGUUGGAAAUGAAGAACAGAAUAUUGGUGCAACUGUGUUGACAUUAGAUGGAGUAAGUAGUAGUCAUAUAUCUGAAUGCUACAAAAGUCCAGUUGAAACUCUAUCAUAUGAUAACUGGGGAAGCAAUGGAGUUACAAGUACACCUGGAGUCUCAUGCACAGCCAUUGGAUCAUUGAGCUCAAAGGAAGCAGAGGAGCUUGCAAUUGAGAAGAUCGUGUUUGAUCCGUUUUGUGCUCAUCAGUCACCUGCACCUGAACUUGAGGAGCUUGAUGGAGAUGUUAAAUGUAAAAUUGAAUGUACAAAUGAGAUCACAACAGAUACGAGAGCUGAAUCCUCUACACAUAUUGAAGCAGAUGCUGUAGCAACAGUCAGCGAACCUGUUCCAAAGAAUUUGCGUGCAAUUGUUGGAUUGGAAGAGCUUGAGCCAUCUGAACUUAUGGCACCUAUGCCAAGCCAGGUCCAGCCUGCACUCAUGACACAGGAAAAGCCACUUCUCAGGAUUAAGUUCACUUCCUUUGCCAAAGCUGCUGGGGGAAGCAGUUGAAGAAAGAUAGGCUAAGGAUGCGGCUAUUGCAAUUAAUAUGCAAUUAGGCUGGGAAGGCCAAAAAUAGGCCAAAUUGGGAGAGGAACGUGUCUUUUAGCUGUUCUUGGAUAAUAUCAAGAAUUGUUUUUGUAAUCUGGCCAAAAUAAAAUGACUGAUAUUCAACGUAUUUUCUGGUUUGUAAACUAGUUUUAACGAUGAAUUCAAUGAAGUUUUUUUUAGAAUAACAUGUUCAAGGGAC